AUGGUGUCGUCAGCAGUGGUGAAUACGUAUCCACUGUCAAGCUACACUUUCGGUGCCAAAGAGCCCAAAAUGGAGAAAGACACCUCCGUUGCCGAUCGCCUUGCCCGCAUGAAAGUCAAUUACAUGAAGGAGGGGAUGAGGACUAGCGUCGAAGGAGUUUUGUUGGUACAAGAGCAUAAUCAUCCUCAUAUUCUUCUUCUGCAAAUUGGAAAUACAUUCUGUAAACUCCCAGGUGGCCGACUGAAGCUGGGAGAGAAUGAAAUUGAGGGCUUGAAAAGGAAACUUUCUAGCAAACUCGCUGCGAAUUCACCUGGUCUUGAGCCAGAUUGGCAGAUUGGUGAAUGUGUGGCAACAUGGUGGAGACCAAAUUUUGAAACCAUAAUGUAUCCUUACUGCCCUCCACAUAUAACAAAACCGAAGGAGUGCAAGAAGCUUUUCAUUGUUCAUCUGUCAGAGAAAGAGUACUUCGCUGUUCCGAAGAACUUGAAACUUCUUGCUGUUCCGUUGUUUGAACUCUAUGACAAUGUUCAGAGAUACGGACCUGUUAUUUCCACCAUUCCGCAGCAACUAUCCCGUUUCCAGUUCAACAUGAUCCAGUCAUAG